AUGCAGUCACCUCCCUCUUACCCUCCCCGGCAUCCCCCAAAGCCCGAACCAACCGCCGACACCGCCGCCCCCUCGAACUCAUCGUCCCGCAUCCACCCCCGUCGACAGCUCAAGGAGGUAUCGGCCAAGGCCCCGCUGAGCGCGCUGACGCACGUCAAGCGCGUGCAGAGGCGCGACGGCGACGACGGCUCGCUACGCGUGCUGCUGUGCGAGUGCUCCGACGCGAGCCCGGACGGCGGCGCGUGGCCGGCGCCGGUGAGGGACCUGGUGGACCGGUUCGCGCUCGCGCCUGAGCGAACCGCGGUGCCGGGGCGCGCGCCGCGAACCAGGGAGCAGUGGGAGGAGUGGAACGCGCUGUGGCCCAUCGCGUGGCAGAAGCCCAACAGCCACCUGGCGGUCCCUUUGGAAACCCCGUGCGCUACGGACGUGACGGAGAUGAAGCGAUGGAUGCGAAGCUGUAUCGACGUCGCGAGGGAGGGCGGGGCGACAAACGCGGCCAUCGUCGUCGACCCCUCCGGGCCGGGGACGGUCAUCGCGCGGGGUUUAGACGAGACGCGAGCGUGGAGGUGCGUCGGACGAGGUAACGGCCAUCUAGGAGGUAACGGCCAUCCGCUGCGUCACUGCGCGCUGGUGGCGAUCGACGACGCGGCGAGGCGCGACGCGGAGACGUACCCGGCGGGCGAGGAUGAAAAAAACGGUUUAUCAUCGGCGCCCGAGCCGACGCCCCCCGACCGGAGCGAGGUUGGGGAAAAGCGACGCCGCGGGGAGACUCUGAGCGCGAGUGAGAUGACGGAGACUCUGGGACGGCCGUACCUGUGCACGGGGUACGACGCGUACCUGGUGAGGGAGCCGUGCGUCAUGUGCGCCAUGGCGCUGACGCACUCGAGGGUUCGGCGGGUCAUCUUUGGCGCCGGUUCACCGGGCAACGGGGCUCUCGGGGGUGGCAAGCACUCGCUGCACGGGCAGCGGACGCUGAACCACCACUAUCAGGUGUACACGUUCGGGCUCAGCGGGGAGGAGAUGGACAACCUGGUGAGGGGGCAUAGGCAGACUCAAAGUUGA